GCCACUCGAGCUAGGCCUUGAGGGCAAAAUUUUGGUGUUUGUUACUCGUAUUUGUUGGCUAUGCAUUAAAAUGGAACUGCAGUUUUGCUUGGUGGGAAAAUAUUCCAUUUGUCCUUCACUAUUCCUUCUUUUUCAAAACAUAAAGAUGUAUUCUUAUUUUGGCUAUUGGAAUUUCGGAAAGGGCAUCGAGGCUAAGCUGAUAGAGCAUUCAAAGGUGACUCCCAAGGAAAAUUCUGUGAAGGGGCUUGAAUUCAUUGUCGAAUCUAAUGAAUCAAGUGUACCACCAAAAUCGGUUACGGAUACAGAAGGAAAAGAUGUUAUUGACAAUUUUGCCAAAGGUCCAGUUGCUAGCAAAAUGAGGAUUCACAGAUCUUAUCCAGUUGGGUUGUCUUUAACAAGGAGCGUGCUGGGUCCAGGAUUCUGAUCUCAACUUUUCCUCUAUUCAAAGUUGGAUUAUGCGGAUGUGAUUACCCGAUUCAUUUCGUUUAUAUUGAUUUGUGGCCUCUAUGGUCACGUACAACAUUAUACAAUACAUACAAGGUUGUCUCUUUUUUCCCUUCCUUUCAAAUGUCAUAUAAAGCUGUAUUUGAAACAAAACAAUAUAAUAAAUGUAUUUCAUUUGGGUCAUAGCCAAAUUUGUCAAUGGGUAA